AUGACUCGCCAAGAACAUUCCUUACACUGUCACGAAAGUAAUAAGGAAAAUUAUGAUCCAGUCAAGAAAAAAUAUUCCGGAGAGUGUACGGAACAAAACCAUAGACAUCAAAAAGAUAAACUGCAGCCAGCGUCGAGGUCUCGCCAACCGCUAACAGAGAUAUAUGUCAAUACCAGGUCAGAGGAAGAAUACGAAAUAAUUGAAGCAUUUUUAUAUUUACAAUUUUUACAAGUUAUGAUGUGUCAUCUAUCAGCGCGCCGUAAGGAUGGUCGCAAGUCUAGCAAAAAAGCAGAAAAGACACUAAAAACAAGUCGGAAGGACCCUGCCAAAGACCAAGAGAAUCAGCAUGUUCCAUCCACAGAGGCUGUUAAGACGAACAUUCGAAGAAUACGAAGGUGA